AUUACGCGAGGCGCAUGAAGGACACGGCGAGCUCGCCGCGCUUCCCGAGGAGGGGAUUUGGCUCCAAAAUAGGACGCUAAGCCGCCUUGCAGCCUCGCGCUCGGUUUUUCUCUUAUUAUUACUUCAAGCGGCGGCGCGAGAGGGUCGGGUUCCGGCUAGGCGCUCCCGCAGGAAGAAAAAGCAGGAAAGAAGCCGUCGACGCACGACGCCGCCUCGCCCGCUGUCGCAGCAAAUAUGGAAGGAGCCGCGAAAGGAAGCGCUUUUUAACCGGGGCCCAGCUUCCCCUCGGUUUCCAUGACAGUUAUUAGGGCAGCGGAGAAAUUGAAUCGUCUCCCACAAUGCUCUGGAGAAAGGAAGCAGGCGGGGGAAGAGGAGGCGGCGGCUGCGCCACUGGCGAAGCGGCGGAGUUCUCCUGACCCGCAGUAACUCGCCUGGCGGAGAAUUUUUUCCAAACUCUCUGGAUUAUCAUGACGCCUCUUUUUGGACCGCUCUCUUUCUACUUAGGUUAACCGGGGUGGAAGUGGUUUACAUAAAUAUAUUUUAUUUUUGUUGUUGUUGUCGCUGUUAUUGUUAGCGGGAAAACCGCGUGGGUUUGCCCCCCACCCCGCCCUCCCCAAGCUGCGCGCGCUCGAAACAGCUCCAUGUCUGGCCACGCAAGGAUAUGAACAGUUAUUAUACAGGUGGGCUCUUCGGAGAGAGCGGAGCUCGGAGGCGUCCAAUCAGGCUCCGGCAACCUGCAGCCCUGUCAAAAUGCCUCUCCAGCGGAUCUCCGUAGUCCCCGCGCGGGAGACGGCCAGCAAUGGGAGAAGUUCGAUGGGCAGAAACAAAGAGAAGAACAAGGAAGUCGAGAAUUUCAGAAAUUGAAAAGGGAUAAGUGGAAGGAGAAAAUGUUGGGCUGGUGCCAAGCGAUAGCUCGUAAUCCUCACAGACUCCCAAACAGCACAAGAACCCCCGAGGUCACAAGUGAUGCUUCACAUAUCUCUGCCUUGAAUGAGAAAUCUCCAGGCCGCUCAACAAGCCGCUCAAGUAACAUUUCGAAGGCAAGCAGUCCUACCACAGGGACAGCACCCAGAAGCCAGUCACGGUUAUCUGUCUGCCCUUCUACUCAGGACAUCUGUAGACCUCCCACCUUGCAUGACAUAUCAGAAGAUAAGUUUGAAAACUCAACCCCUAUCAUGGUGCUGAGUCCUGCUAGUAAAGAAACUGGUAGGAAACAAGUGAAGCGAAGGGUUAGGCGGAGGAAGGAGCCUGAGGAGAAUAAUGGGCAUGCAGAAAAGCAAAAAAGAGAGAAGGAUGGCAAGUUGCACUCAAACAUUGCAAAUCGUGCAUGGAAUGCCUUGCGCAAAGUAUCAUCCGAUUCAUCAUCUUCAGAUGAGAACCAUUGGGCCCUGGUUAGAAAGAGAGAGAGAGCCAACAUGCCCAGAAGAAUGAGAAGGCGGAGUACUUCAAACACUCGGACAGAUGAUUCUUCCAGGAAGAAUGCCCUUGAACUUGUAACUAUGGGGACAGGUGGGGAAAAGAAGCAAGAAGAGAAGAUUGAGUCUGAAGGCUGCACUCCUAGUCACCGCAGGAGAAGGAUUUCACGGCGUAAAGAGACCUGCCGCUCACCGUCCUCUGUGGAGGCAAGCAGCUCCUUUCGACGAGGUGGAAAAGACCAGGGCAAGUGCAGCCGCAAGGAUCCACAGCCUUCAAGGAACAUGAGACGAGUUAAAGCAAGCAAGGAGGAAAGUGGUUCAGAGAAAGGCCCAGACAGCGAUAUUUUGUCAGUUCCAGAAAAUGGAGUACCUGCUGGGACAGGGCUUGCUGCAUCGGCUGCUGUUCAGAAACCUGCGUUUUAUGAUGACUUGUCUGAUGAUUUCGAAGUGUGCAGGAUCUGUCACUGUGAGGGAGAUGACGAAAGCCCCCUCAUCACACCGUGUCGCUGCACAGGGACCCUGCGUUUUGUUCAUCAGGCCUGUCUGCAUCAAUGGAUUAAGAGUUCAGACACACGCUGCUGUGAACUCUGCAAGUAUGACUUCAUAAUGGAGACCAAGCUCAAGCCUCUUCGAAAGUGGGAAAAACUACAGAUGACAACAAGUGAGAGGAGGAAGAUUGUCUGCUCAGUCACAUUCCACAUUAUUGCUAUUACCUGUGUAGUUUGGUCACUGUAUGUACUAAUAGAUCGGACCGCUGAGGAAAUUAAGCAAGGCAAUGACAAUGGUGUGCUGGAGUGGCCAUUUUGGACAAAGUUGGUUGUGGUAGCCAUUGGGUUCACGGGAGGCCUUGUCUUCAUGUACGUGCAAUGUAAAGUCUACAUUCAGUUGUGGCGAAGGCUUAAGGCUUACAAUCGUGUGAUAUUUGUUCAAAACUGUCCAGACACUGCCAAAAAACUAGAGGAGAAAAAUUAUUCCUCCAAUCAGAACACUGAAAUCAAAGACUCCGUAGUGGUGCCAGUAUCACAGACAGGUACAAACUCUCAACAAUCAGGCGAAGAAACUGUUUCUGAUGUGAUGCCGGUUUGAUGGAAGCUGUGUUUCUCUUUCUUUACUGAAGAACAAAGUAAUGUGCUUUCCUACUGCUCAGCCACAUUAAACAGCAAAACCACUAAGUAAAUUUGAAGGAAGAACGAAUGGGAAAAUCGAUCAAGAGAAGUUACACAUUACCUCUGGAAUGUAAUUGUGAAGUGGCUAAGCAUAGUGAAAAUGCAAAGAAGAAAGCACAUCAGAGAUGACUUUCGAACAGGCAAACAAACAUGGCAAGUACCACUGUUGAUGGCUGAAAAGUGCUGCAUAUGCAGACUUACUACCAGCGUCCUGUUUACAAGGAGAAAACCCUUACAUCUAUUUGUUAGUAUGGUCUUUUUUGCUAAUUAUCGUAAUCUUGAACACUCUCUCUUCAAGGCAAUUUUUAAAACGAUUCAUAUUUACCCUUAGUCAUGCAAGAGAUAUGCACCAUAGCACAAAGUACCCGAACCUCGUAAUGUGAUAAUUUUACAAAGAGGUGGCUGACCUGCAGCACAUGUGGUUUGAAGGUGAUAUGAAGGAAAUCCUUUCCAAAAGUUACCAUUGAAAACGUAUGUUUAAAAUGUGAGUAUUUGUAAACUAGGUAGCUGAAAAUAUCCCUUGUAUGCACAAAUGAUCAUUUUCUUUCACAUUUUUAUAUUCAUUUGGUGCAGCAAUUUGACUGCUGCUUAUUCAUAAGUGAAGAGCUAAAAUUGGCAGAAUAUUCCUGCCACCUCCAAAAUUCUGCUAAAGGGUAAUAUGUUCUAUAAUCGGAGAUAUAUUGCAGACAGAGCAGCAGGAAACCUUGAAAAUCUGUUUUUAGUACUUACAUAUUAGUGUGUAAAAUAUGCAAAGGGUGGGAGAUUAAAUUCUAUUCUUUUGUUUAAGAGAUCAGGAUAGAACAGAUUCAGAAACUUGUUAGGACAGUAUUGAAAGAGUCAAAGUAGGCAGCAUUACCAAUAUGCCAGUAUCUCUCUGACGUCCACUUAAUUGACAAAGUAUGUGGUACCUUCUAUACAGGAGUAAAGCUGAAUCAUUAAUGGUUCAGUUGUUACUAUUGUGGUUUUAGCAUAGUAAUGUAAAAACUGAAGUGUGACUAAAUAGAAAAUGCAGAAGAUAUAUAUCAGUAUCACGUUGUACCCGGCAGGAAUAACUUGCAUGGGGGGAAAGCCAAUAACUUUGGCAUCCCAUUUCAGAAUGAUGUACCUCAGCAGACUAACUGAUUGGAUGUCCUAAAAAGAAAGGGCACUGCACCUGUCCUUUAUACCACUCUUAUGCUUGUUGAAUGUAUUGUGAGUUGUGCCCAAGUAAUGUGAGUUAUACAAGAACAGUGUUACUAGUAACGAGAGGAACCUAUGGUGGCAAACUGCAGUGGGUUAAGUAAUUUUUAAAAAGGACUACAUUUCACACUUAUAAAACACAGUAAGACAUUGAUUCUGAAAAGACUCAGCAGUUGUAUGUGAUGGAUCAGCUGAGACGUUGCAAAAAGCACAUAGCCUCCUUAAAAUUAAUGGGCCUUUCCCCAGUGAUUUCAGUAGGUGAAAUAAGGCCUCUCUUAUUGGAAUCAUGGCACUAGUUGGAAACAUUAAAAUGAGAUUAUGUAAGACAAUAGUUUAGCAAAAAGAGUUGAUAAUGGGCAUCUUGAGUAGAGGCUGCAUAAAUAACCCAUCGAUGAAGACAAUGCUAAAAUGAAGAAAUGCAUUUUAACAUUUAAACUGUCAGAUGAAGGAGCCACACAAAUUCUUUGUGGGGUUUAGAACACUGUGUAUUUUAACAGAGGUCAUAGGAGAUUCCAGGCUGGGUGGUUCAUAUCCAUUUCACUAAGAAAAAGACACACACACAGCCAGAUAUAGUCUAACUAUAAACUGAAGUGAUAGCUAACCUGGUGAUUUUCUGCUCAGCUAUAGCCAUUUAUAAUAAUGUACCAUUGCUUUGCAUAAACAGCUGACUACUGUGAUAUAAAUACUUUAAAAGCACAUCAUACAAUACAGGACAGGGCACAAUAUAAAUUGCUUACUGAAUUCCACUAACAGUCAAUAAUUUUCAAAAUGCUAAUUUUUGAAGUCUCAAUGCAACCAAAUCAACAAUGUUUCAUCUUUAGGUCCCCAUGCAUUUAGCAAAUUAAAAGGCGGCCAACUAAUCGCUUCUCCCGACAGCAUAGCAAUCAAGCAUUGGAUUCAUGGAGACUUUGGCAUGACUAUAAGUCACAAUGCAUAGGGCAGAAAUAGUUUCGUAUCAUCAGAAAGAGACCAUGUAUGGAGCCCAUGUUUUGAAUACAUACAAGUGACUUGGUUCCAUUGCUUAGAAGCAAGAUCUUUUCCUUUUAAAGAAGAUGCUUCUGAAAUUCAAUGCAGUUGGCUGAAGCAGCUAUGAAGGAAUAGUUACCACUUUUUCUUACGAAAUGGAGAUGCCAGUUGUCACACACAGACUGUAGUGUUAUCUGUCUUUUCUAGUGCCAGUUAAUGGAUGACCAUUAGAGAUAUCAGAAGUUUUAUCAAAGAAAAUGUUUACAUGGUGGAAUAAGGUUACCCUUAGAAAACAAAGAUGAUGAAAAGUUAACAAUGAGGUAGUGUUAAAUGCCAAAUUAAUUGUCUUCAUCAACUCUAUAUGGGGCUAUCAGGGGCAUUCCCCUAUGGAUUGUUCUAUUAGCUUUACAAGCAUAACUAAGCAGCCUACUGGUGCUAUUGCCCCAGCUGGAAAGCAGUCAAUAGUUUGGUUCUAAAAUGUGUACAUCAGUAUACAACUCCACCACCAAAAUUAGCAGUCAAAAUUUGAAACUUGCACUGCAAUGCAAUCUACGAUGCAAAUAUUUUACUGUGUAUAUUGUUGAGACCCAAAAGUUUUGUUACUUGUUUUACCCAGUUCUCUUUUGCAAAAGAGCUUAGAUGCUUUUGUGGGU